AUCAUGCACGUGAUAGACCAAUCAGCCGCGAGAAAAUUAUCCACAUUUUUACCGUACAUCGAUAUACUCGUCAUAAACGAACAGUAAUGUCGAAUAAUUCUUGUAGAAAGUCUCCAUUAGACUUAUUCAAUGAUUCCACAAAACCUUAUAUAAAUGUAUGCGCGCCAAUGGUUAGAUAUAGUAAACUGCCGUUUCGAGAAUUGGUUCGUGGUUAUAAUGUAGAUUUAGCUUAUACCCCAAUGAUUUUAGCAAAAGAAUUUAAAAACUCGAGUUUUGCUCGGGAUUUCGAUUUUAGUACUUCUCCUACGGAUAAUCCAUUAAUUAUACAAUUCGCAAGCAACAGUCCAGUGGAACUUGCUAAAGCUGCAGAACUUGUGAUCGGAUACGUCGAUGGAAUUGAUCUGAAUUGUGGAUGUCCGCAAAAAUGGGCCUUAAAUGAAGGUAUAGGUGCACACUUAAUAGAUAAACCAGAGCUAGUAAAGGAUAUGAUUCGAACGGUUAAGGGUAGUGGUGUAGAUUUUAUUGCGAUCCAUGGUCGUACACGUCGUCAAAAAUCUACUUCUCCCGUAGACCUAGACACCAUAAAACUCUGUAAAGAAUCUUUACAAAUUCCUGUAAUAGCAAACGGUAACGUCUUUUCCUUGAAAGACGCAAAUCUGUUAUAUGAGAAUACUAAGGUUGAUGGUGUGAUGGUAGCUCGAGGUAUACUUAAAAAUCCAGCAUUAUUUACAGGGUGCGAAAGCACACCUUGGGAAUGUGUGGAUAAAUUUAUUAAAUUAAGUCUGGGGUUGGGAACCACACAUUAUAUUUUCCAUCAUCAUUUGAUGUAUAUGUUUGAAGACUUUAUGAGCAAUGCUGAGCGAAAAACGUUUAAUACGUUGACAAGUAUACCAGCAAUUAUUGAUUAUUUAGGAGAACAUUAUGGGUUAAAUAUAGACUAA